CUCCUGAUUCUAUAUAUACCAAUAUUUCUACUAGCUGUAUUGGGCAACUCCUCUGUACUUAUGAUAAUACUCUGGCAUCCACCGUUAAGAACGAUAACUAAUCUAUUUCUGGUGAAUUUAGCCAUGGCUGACUUUUCAGUUUGUAUAGUCUGCAUACCCAUGGCAGUUGGUCAAGCAGUUUACAGUGUGUGGAUAUAUGGAGAAUUUAUGUGUAAAGUGACAGGAUUUUUACAAGGUGUCACUGUGGUGGCCAGUAUUUUCACUAUAGCAGUGUUAAGCUUAGACAGACUGUUGGCUAUCAGGCACCCAAUGAUAUUCAAGAGAGUUGCAAACUACAAGAUGGCUGCCAGAAUCAUUUCAGUUAUUUGGAUUUUAUCUUGUAGUGUGAUGGCGCCAUUAUUAGUGUACAGAAAAACACAGACGUUACCGCUCAGUCCAAACGAAAGUUUACAUUUCUGUCAUGAAGAUUGGCCUAGUUUAAAACAUCGUCAGAUAUACGACAGUUGCUUGUUUGCUAUAGUGUAUGUUAUUCCUGGUUGUAUAAUAGCGACCAGCUACGGUUUGAUUGGUCGACAGCUAUGGACAGAAGACGAAAAUUUAAAACGCUCAGAAUCAGAGAUAAGUCGUGGAAUGUCACAAAAAAUAAUGGUUGGACGAAAGCGUAUCGCCAAAAUGUUAAUAGCAUUAGCCAUUUUAUUUGCAGCUUGUUGGCUGCCUUAUUAUAUUGUGACGUUAUAUUUGGAUUUUGAAACGGACCAAUCAGACGAUUUCUUAUUAGUACUACCAUUCACUAUAUUUCUAGGCCAUGCUAACAGUGCCUUGAAUCCAAUAUUAUAUUUUUAUACCAGUCAAAGUUUUAGAAAAUAUCUCUUUAAAUGGAUCAACUGUAAUAAAUCACGAAACCGAACAGAUACACCGGUAAGUUGUUAA